AUGUAGUGAUGUGAUGGUCGAGGGAACACAAAAAAUGGAGAAAUACUUGAAGUUGGCGCAAUCAUUUGCAUUUGUUUGGGGAUUCAUCUUGCUGGUGGCUCUUGUGUGUUGCUGCAUUAGCACCAAACCUGAUCGGGAAAACGUUGACGAUGCUAGCUGUGGCGGCUGCGACGGAGGACAUACUGCCUUUUAGUCUAGGUCUUAAUCAUCCUCUGUUUCAUUUACUUUUGUUCUUUAAUCCUCUAGUUCUAGGUGGUGUUUUGGUAGAUUUCUACACACACAUCGUCAUGGAUUAUCUAUCAGUUAAUGGUCUGUUAGUCUAGUGGUUAAAAAAAUUUGUUUGAGAAAAUUGUAGGGAUUACGGUUAGAGAUUUUUAUCGGUUAUAAUAAUAAAAUAAAAAUUGUUUUUGAUAUCCAUGAUAAAAUUACACAAUUCACAUAUAUUUACACACACAAAAAAAAGAAGGAAAAAUAAAAAGUGUGGCAACGAAACACAGAGAGGGAAAUAGUCAAAAUCACAAGGGAGAAGUCGUAUAGACCAUACAAUUACACACAAACUAUAUCUCCAUCAUCUCUCUCUUUUCCCCGUCAAUGGCGUCCUUCAAUUCGUUCCCAAUUCCCAAACAGAUUGUGGGUUCUUCUUCGUCGUCGUCUUCUUCUUCUGCUUCUCGGCCACGUAUCUUGGUGCGAUCGAGUACGGCGUCGUCCAUGGCCUCCACCAAUAGUAUGCUGGUCUUCGUACCUCCGCAUCCUUUGAUCAAACAUUGGCUCUCUCUUCUGAGAUGUGAGCAAACUCAUUUCCCCAUUUUCGUUAGAAUUCCGGUGAACUCUUUGGUGGCAACGAGGUCGUCUUUCUUAUCCUCAAUCAAGGAGGGAAACAGAUUUUACCAUAAAGAUCCUAUUAAAGCAUGUGGCUGUACAUCUGCGAGUCCUUACACUGCAGAAAAUGUGUAUGUAGAGCUCAAAAAUCCAAAGGAAAGUAUUGGCGUGGGUUUCGUUGGGGAACAAAUGUCUUCUGUUGAAAAAGCCCAUUUAUCACGUAGCAUGUUGCAAUACAAUUUGCUAGGGAAGAACCUUUUGGCACUAGAGGAAACUUUUGUGGCAUUGGACUCGUUAGGAAUGGAAAGAGAUAUUAUGUUGCAAAUGGGGAAGUUGGGGGCUACUGAGUUAUUCAAGACCUGUCUCUCUAGGUCCCGUGGUUCUUCAGUCACUUCAUGCUUAUCUGACUCAGGAACCGAGUUGGUGAUUACUACAGCAGAACAAGAACCUUUUGUGCCUUCGAGAAGAAAACUGAAAAAGAAAGCAAGAAGGUCGAGUUUGAUUACCGGAAAUGGUGGUCAGGGUUCUUUGUCAGCCGUUUCAAGAAUCACAUGGAGCGAUAUUGAUGUCCCUAGAGUGAGAAAGUCAUCGAAAUACAGAAAGAAAAGAGAGAGGGUAUCUAGAAACGAGGCUGAGAUGUCAGCAGGAGUCAAGAUAGUGGCGGACAUGGAGAGAAUCAGAAGGAAAUUGGAAGAGGAAAGUGGUAAGGUAGCGAGUAUGAGUUGUUGGGCUGAAGCUGCAGGGAUGAACGAGAAACUUCUGAUGCGCAAUCUACAUUACGGUUGGUUCUGUAGAGAUGAACUGUUGAAAAGCACCAGGUCUUUGGUUCUCUUCCUCGCAAGAAAUUACCGUGGACUAGGGAUCGCCCACGAAGAUCUAAUCCAGGCAGGGAAUGUGGGAGUGUUACAAGGAGCAGAGAGGUUUGAUCACACAAGGGGUUACAAGUUUUCGACAUAUGUACAAUAUUGGAUAAGGAAAUCGAUGUCCAUGAUGGUGUCACGGCAUGCAAGAGGCGUCCAUAUUCCUUCGUCAAUAAUCCGAACUAUGACUCAGAUUCAAAAGGCUCGCAAGACCUUGAAAACGAGCCACGGGAUAAAAUAUCCGGCCGAUGAAGAGAUUUCGAAACUAACAGGCUACUCGUUGAAGAAGAUUCGAGCAGCGAACCAAUGCCUAAAAGUGGUUGGUUCAAUCGACAAGAAAGUCGGGGAUUGCUUUACUACAAAAUUCCUGGAAUUUACACCGGACACGACGAUGGAGAGUCCUGAGGAGGCAGUGAUGAGACGGAGCGCAAGGAGAGACGUACAUGAUCUUCUAGAAGGACUAGAGCCAAGAGAGAAGCAAGUGAUGGUUCUACGUUAUGGACUUGAAGACUACACGCCCAAAUCUCUCGAAGAGAUUGGGAAGCUUCUUAGAGUUAGCAAAGAAUGGAUUCGUAAGAUCGAACGGAGAGCAAUGGCUAAACUCAGGGACCAACCCAAGGCCGAGGAUCUCAGAUUUUAUUUGAAUCCAUGAAAACAUAGAUUUUUUGUAACCAAUUACGUUUUAUGUCUUGUUGAUUUGUAAUAACAUUGGAGAUCAUAGUUAUGUAUAUUAUAGAGAAAAAAUAGAUUAUCAUCACAUAAUGUAAACACAUUCUGGUCCUAUUGUUUAUUUCAGUGGUCCCGAAAACCCUAAUGGGCUUCCGAAUAAACAAA